AUGGAGGUCAGAGGGCCGAUCCGGUUCCGCGGCUCCGACUCCUCCUCCGCCUCCUCCUCCUCCUCCGCCACCCACCACCGCCUCCUCGGCACCUUCUCCCCCAAAACCCUAGCCCCCUCCAGCCACGCCGCCGCCGCCGCCGCCGCCGACGACGACCUCUUCACCGAGGACGACAUCUUCUCCGCCUUCGACUUCUCCGCCGCCGCCGCCGCCGCCGCCGACCGCCGCAGCCGACCUCCAACAUCAUCGCGGCCGAACUCCGCCUUCGGCCCGCCGGAUGGCUUCGGCAUACUCGCCGCGGCGCUCCCCGAGCGCGAGGCUGGCUCCGUCUUCGGCCGCAAGGCCUCGGUCUCUCCUUCUUCGUCCCUCGCCGCGGCGCCCAUUUCGUCCUCGCGGAUGAUCCCCGCGAUUCCGCGCCCCCCGCAGGACAGAUUUCCGCUGGCUUCUUUUUCGUUGGCGGAGAAGUACCACCAGUCGGCGCCGGUCAACGUGCCUGUGUUGAUGGCGAGGAGGCAACGCGAGUUCGUCGAAGUCGAGGACGAGAAUGUCGAUGUCGAGGAUGAGAAGGAUUUUGAUGGGGAGGAGAUGUUGCCGCCGCACGAGAUAGUGGCGAGGCGGUUGUCCCGCUCGCAGAGCGUCGCUUGCUCGGUGCUCGAAGGUGCCGGGCGGACGCUCAAGGGCAGGGAUCUGCGUCAGGUCCGCAAUGCCGUGUGGCGGCAAACAGGUUUUCUAGAUUGA